AACGACGAGCGGCGGGGAGGUGAACUGCGCUCAAGAUGCCCGGAAUGAUAAUGUUCCAGAGGCGCUGGUCGGCCGGAUCGGACGAUCUGGUCGUGCCCGGAGUUUUCCUAUCAAUCCUGCACAUUAUCUGGACGAUCGUCGUGUGCAUCGUCCUAUCCGGUGCAGAUCUCAAAGACAAGGAGUACUGUGUCAAUUUAAUGUGGCAGGAGAUCAUAGCAUAUUUGAUUAUAUUAAUAGUUUCCCUCCUGAUCGAGAUCCUGAUGUGCAUUGUAUCAAUGCGGGGCAGCAUUUUGUAUACGGAACCCAGAAAUUCGAUGCCUUACAUUUUGUACGCUAGAUUAGGUGUGAUGUUUAUAGAACUAGGCUGGCUCGGUUUGGCCAUAUCGUGGCUCGUCAAAUCCUUCGAGACUUGUCCCAAGGUCGAUUUGGGCAAAAAAUUAUUACUAGGUCUGGUUUGUUCGAGCAGUACUAUUAUGCUGAUUAUUUUGGCUACAAUUUGGUGUGCCUACGAUUCUGCUGGUAGGAGCUGGUUGAAAAUGAAAAUAUACCAGAGGAGCAGAAAAGACAACGAACAAACGAGCAGAUUUCAGUACAAACGUUCAACCAGUAACAGGAACUGGAGACAAAGGAAAGUUCUACGAGCAUAUCAAAACAGUUGGGACUCCCGAUGUAAAUUCCUAUUUUGUUGUGUUCCUCGAUCUGAUAGGGUCAGACACAAUUUUGGAGACAUUGCAAGAUUAUUGAGCGAGUUCUUCCGAGACUUGGACGUGGUUCCAAGUGACGUCAUAGCCGGUUUGGUUCUGUUGAGGAAGUUCCAGAAAUUGGAACGAGAUGCCAUCGUUAGACAGAGAAUAAACGGCACCUACGACUUUUUAUCCGGUGUUCCAAUCAACGCACAAACCAAAUUUCUAUCACUGGACAACAAGUCGGACUUCGAAAAAUUCCAGGAAGUGAUACAUUACAUGCACUUUGCCCAAGGCGCCUACGGCUGGCCAAUGUUCCUAAUGACCAACUCCGUCACUGGUCUUUGUCAACUGUGCUCGGCCAUGAGGUGCUCGUGUAUGCCCUGCGCCUCCAGAGACUCCAAAAGCAACGCCAAUAUUAUCAAAGACAAUUGCUGCGAAUGCAACUAUGCAGCCCUCAAGAGGAUGCUGACACACGGAGAGAUUGAAGUAGUUUAUGCAACGUAUCAUGUUGAUGUGGGUGAGACUCCAUUUUUUAUAGCAGUCGAUUACACGAAGAGAAAAAUUGUUAUUAGUAUUCGAGGAACACUCAGCAUGAAGGACAUUAUUACCGAUCUAAAUGCUGAAGGUGAACCUUUACCUUUGAAUCCUCCGAAAGAAGAUUGGCUUGGUCACAAAGGAAUGGUGCAGGCAGCACAAUAUAUAUUGAACGAAUUGGAGCAGGAUCAACUUUUGGAAAAGGCUUUCGAAUUGAAUCCUGCUCGAGGAACCAGAGAUUUUGGUCUGGUUAUAGUAGGACAUAGUCUGGGAGCUGGCACGGCUGCAAUUCUAGCAAUUCUGAUGCAGGAAAAGUACGAGCACCUUAUUUGCUACAGUUAUAGUCCUCCCGGAGGAUUACUGAGUAUGCCAGCUGUGGAGCACAGUAAGAAGUUCGUAACGUCUGUCGUUGUUGGGAAAGAUGUUGUUCCUCGAAUAGGUCUGCACCAAAUGGAAGCCCUAAGAGCAGAUCUAAUAAACGCUAUUAAAAGAUCCGUCGAUCCCAAGUGGAAAACGAUAGCGUGUGCCACGAUGUGCUGCUGCUGCACCUCCUGCGCCCCACAGCCGACCAGCGUCAGCAGGAUGAGGUCGGACGAUAAUACGAUCGACGAUUAUAAAUUAGAAAAAGUAUCAGCCAGGUGUAACUCUGCACAUCCAAACGACUCUUCCAUAGCUUUAACUCUACAUAGGCCAUUAUAUCCUCCAGGAAAAAUCAUCCACAUCGUUAGAAACCAUUCAGGAGUCAUCGAAAGUUCUUCCAGUUCCUCACGAGAAAAGACAUUCCGUGCAGUCUGGUGUGACAAUGCAGACUUCGAUGAGGUCCUCAUAUCACCCGUAAUGGUGCAGGACCAUAUGCCCGAUCAGGUUCUGCUGGCACUCAACAAGGUGUUCGAUUCGGAUUGCCUUUGCACCGCGAACGAUUCACUCGGCGACAUGAGGUGCUAACCCAGUACUCAACACCAAGCCACCCCCUACACAAAACCACUCUAACCACCAAACC